AUGGAGCUGCUGUGGGCAGGAGGCAAACCUGCACUCGUACACAGGGUACUGGCCGAAAAGGAACCGGCCUCAUUGAAAGACUGGUCACCCGCGAUCGGGUGCCUCAGCUCAACCCGAGAAGACAAACAGAUGCAUUUCUCGAAGACUGUCUUCGUUGCUCUUGUAGCUGCCGCCGCCGCCGCCCCUGGCUACGCCCCCCUGGUGUACGCACCAGCUCCGGCACCCAAGUACCCAGCACCCGCCCCUGCACCAGUCUACGCCCCUCUUCCCGCCCCUGCACCAGCCCCUAAGUACGUUGUCCCCGCCCCAGCUCCUCACCCUGUCCCUCUCGCUACCUCCUACACUACCGUAACUACCACCUCUACUCACCAAGAGCACCCCCCUCCAGCUCCUAAGGUAGCUUACGUCCCCGCCCCCGUGCACUACGCACCUGCCCCUGCUCCCGCCCCCGUGCAUUACGCUCCUGCCCCUGCUCCCGCCCCCGUGCAUUACGCCCCUGCCCCUGCUCCCGCCCCUGUCUACGCCCCAGCGCCUAAGUACGCCCCGGCUCCAGUCUACUACGCUCCGGCCCCAGCACCCGCCCCUGUCUAUUACGCCCCGGCCCCUGCGUACCCAGCGCCUGCCCCAGCUUACCCAGCACCAGGCCCAGCACCCGCUCACCCUUAAUUAAAGACCAAAGCUCUCUCAGUGACCUCGCAUCUUCUGCACUUCUUAUUCUUCUCUCUAAUCUACAGUCAAGCUCUGUCUGACGAUGUGUAUAAUAUUUAUUAGGUAGCAAUAAAUAAAUAUUCUUUUGUA